AUGGAUGUUAGAAGCAGGAAGGUGUUGGUUGCUUUGAAGGGUGAUUUGUUUGGACCAACAGGCAGCCCUGGGAAUGGAGAGAAGUUGGAGAUUAGAGAGUUGAGGGCAGUUCCUUCUGGCCCAGAUCCAUUGCAUCAUAAUGGUGGGAGCCCCAAGAAGCCUAGAACUCCAUGA